GCUCCCUCCUUCUCCUCCUCAGGGCGAACCUGGUGGACCUGCAGAAGAAGCUGGAGGAGCUGGAGCUGGAUGAGCAGCAGAAGAAGCGGCUGGAAGCUUUCCUCACCCAGAAAGCCAAAGUGGGAGAGCUCAAGGACGAUGACUUCGAGAGGAUCUCCGAGCUGGGGGCUGGGAACGGCGGCGUGGUCACCAAAGUGCAGCACAAACCCUCAGGGCUCGUCAUGGCACGGAAGCUGAUUCACCUGGAAAUCAAGCCAGCCAUCAGGAACCAGAUCAUCAGGGAGCUGCAGGUGCUGCACGAGUGCAACUCCCCCUACAUCGUGGGCUUUUACGGAGCCUUCUACAGCGACGGGGAGAUCUCCAUCUGCAUGGAGCACAUGGAUGGCGGCUCUUUGGAUCAAGUGCUGAAAGAAGCCAAAAGAAUUCCCGAGGAAAUCCUGGGCAAAGUCAGCAUAGCGGUUUUACGAGGCUUGGCGUAUCUGCGGGAGAAGCACCAAAUCAUGCACAGAGAUGUGAAGCCUUCCAACAUCCUGGUGAAUUCCCGAGGGGAGAUCAAGCUGUGUGAUUUCGGGGUCAGCGGGCAGCUCAUCGACUCCAUGGCCAACUCCUUUGUGGGAACUCGGUCCUACAUGUCCCCCGAGCGCUUGCAGGGCACUCACUACUCGGUGCAGUCGGACAUCUGGAGCAUGGGGCUGUCCCUGGUGGAGCUGUCGAUCGGAAGGUACCCAAUCCCCCCGCCAGACUCCAAGGAACUGGAAGCAAUAUUUGGCCGUCCCGUGGUGGACGGGGCGGAGGGAGAGUCCCACAGCAUCUCGCCGCGGGCCAGGCCCCCAGGACGCCCCGUCAGUGGCCACGGGAUGGACAGCCGACCUGCCAUGGCCAUCUUUGAACUGCUGGAUUAUAUAGUUAAUGAGCCACCUCCCAAGCUGCCAAGUGGAGUUUUCACGCAAGAUUUCCAGGAGUUUGUAAAUAAAUGCUUAAUUAAAAACCCAGCAGAACGGGCAGAUCUGAAGAUGCUGAUGAGUCACACCUUCAUCAAGCGCUCCGAGGUGGAGGAGGUGGAUUUCGCGGGCUGGCUGUGCCGAACGCUGCGGCUGAACCAGCCCAGCACACCCACCCGCGCUGCCAUGUGAGCCCCGCUGGCACUGCAGCUGCCUCCUGGCACCGUCUCCUCUCCUCCCUUCGGCCACAGAACUGCCCUCCUUCCUCCUUUUCCCAGCCCUCCCACUCCCACCCCCACCCCGAUUCCCAGCGCCAAAGCACCGACCCCCCCCCUCGGAAGCGUCUCCAUCGUCCGACCGCCCCCUGCCCCGGCUGAGCGGGGUUGGUUUCUUUUGAUGUGUCUGUAUAAGGGGGUGUGGGGGGGUUGUUUUCCAGGCCUCUGCUCCGGCUCUGGAGCUCCUGACACUUGGGAAUUGUGGUGCUGCUUGCGUUGAUUUAUUUUUUUGGUUUGGUUGGUUUUUUUUUUUU